UGAUUGGCUUGCCCCUCUGUGUACGCUCCACUGUUAGCUCUCAUGCUAAAUGCUAACGUUGGGUUAGAUCUGAUAAAAACGUCUCACUUUGGACACAAAAGCGUCUCACUUUGGACACGUUUCACUCUAUUUCUCCCUUUACUGUUGGUUCACGGCUGUCCCGAUCCGUGCGCUUUAGAAUGGCUCUCUACAGAUGAUGGAUGUAGUGUCUAAGCUCGUUUCUUUCACCUUGUCCAAAGUUUUGGAGCUGUCAGGGCUCGAUCACAACUGGAAUGUGCUGAAAAGUAAAAGGAUGGAGGAGAAAGCGCUGGAAGUCUACGAUGUGAUCCGUUCCAUUAGGGACCCAGAGAAGCCGAACACCCUGGAAGAGCUUGAGGUGGUGACUGAGAAGUGUGUGGAGGUCCAGGAGAUCGGGGAUGAAGAGUACCUCAUCAUCAUCAGAUUCUCCCCAACGGUGCCUCACUGCUCGCUGGCAACUCUCAUUGGUUUGUGUUUACAAGUGAAACUGCAGAGAUGUCUCCCAUUUAAGCACAAGCUUGAAAUUUACAUUUCAGAGGGCACCCAUUCCACAGAAGAGGACAUUAACAAACAGAUCAACGAUAAAGAGCGAGUGGCGGCAGCGAUGGAAAACCCCAACCUCCGAGAGAUCGUGGAGCAGUGUGUGACAGAACCAGACGACUGAGACUGAGCGGGAGAAAGGACAGACCAGCCCCAAACCCUACAGACUCUUUUAUAACCUUUUAGACAACACAAGUGUUUCUCUAGACAGGAAAUAAUGCGACUACUGUUGAUGUGUGUCCCUUUGCACUAUAAUGAAUUUACAUGUGAUUUUUCUACACGCUCAUGUGCCUGUGUCCGUUAAAGGGGCAUUGUGUAACUUUUCUGGCGAAGGCUCCGUCAAAUGCUUUUCUCCAUAGAGAUGUUAUUGCUUUGUCUGGAAUGUUUCACAACACAUCACGAAUCUCAGACUUACGAUCAUUGCGCAGUUCAUACUUGGAAGGAUUCUCUGAAAAAGUGAGCAUCAAACCUCCAUGUUUGUUUUCCCAGUGGGAUGCGAUUAUUGACAAAGCCGAUCUUUUCAAGUCUUUUGAACCAUAUCACUUUUGUUUCUGGUUCUGAUAUUGUC